UCCAUGUGAUGAAGGUCUGGUCCAGCCGCUGAGGUCAUGUCUCUUGUGUAGUUAUUUAAAGGGCCAUUGACCGCUGGAGUGACCCUUAUUAACGAUAACAGUAGGGUCAGAGUCAAUGUCGUCAUCUAACCAUGAAGUUCAUAGUCGAGCACGUCAGUAAACAGGGCGGCCGGAUAGGGAAGUUGACGGGCCUACGUAGUCAGCCGGAUGUAGUCCACGAUACUCCGCUCUCUCUCAUCUCAACUGUGGGGGGGAGCGCUCCACAUCUUACCCAGGAUGUCCUCCAUCUUGUAGUGGGGAAAGAUUCUCCUGUGUGUGUUCCAGCUCAACAUUUCUCCGAACACGUUAAGGUCCUGCAGAGUUAUAGGAGAGGCGUGGCUCACUUCUCCGCAUUACAGGGCCAUUGUGUGUGCGUGACGGCCCAGGAUUCGUCGAAAGUCACCCCGAGCGGUUACAAUGAUAAGUCUGGAGUGUCGAUGUGGACGUACCGAGGCCGACAGAGCGUUUCAAUUGACAAAUACAUGGAGCUGGUGGAAACUAUGCAGCCAGACUGGUACGAGGCUCUCAACGAUGCGGAUACAGACAGCGCGUCAUCCAAGAAGAGAGUCUCCAAGUCCACUGCAAUGUCGAUGGCAUACCUUAAGCAAUGUAUUGAUCACCAUAAGGUCGCGAAGGGUCUACAAGGGUCAGCGCUGUUUGCUCCCCUUUUAGGAGGUCAUAGCGAAGGAGACCGCUCUCGCUGGUCUAAAUCUCUCGCUGAGAAGCUAGAAGACACGUCCAUCAUCUCGGGCUAUGCUCUCCUCGGCCUCCACACCAACGGCCCGCCAACAGAGAAGCUGGAACCAGAGUCUAUGCACAAUCUCAUUAAGGCGUCUAUAGAUCCGUUACCAGCAGAUCUUCCACGACAAGCUGCUGGGAUGUGGAACCCUCUUACCGUCCUGAAAUUGGCGGAGCACGGUGUUGACAUCUUUGACUCUGCAUUCCCAUUCCUUGUGACGGAGAGAAGAGGAGCGCUCACCUUCCCCUGUAGAUUAAAUAAGACGCUAACUGACGGGGAAUGCUCGAAAAAUGACAAAUUAGAACACCGAAACAAAAGGCUUAAGGUGUGCGAAGACAAUUCAGGGACAAAGAUGUGCGAAGACAAUCCAGAUACGAAGAUGAUGUGCGAAGAGAAACCCAAGACAAAGAUGUGCGAAGACAAACCCAAGACAAAGAUGGAAGAGGAGGAAAAUGCCAAGAAAGAGGACAAGGAGAAUCAGCCAAUCAGGGAGAAGGAAGCCACAAGUCCCUAUGAGAUUAACUUAAAGGAUAAAAGUAACGUGUCACAGUUGGAGCCGCUGCUGGCCGGGUGUGAGUGUUACACCUGUAAGAACUUCACCCGAGCUUACGUUCACCACCUGGCCAAUGUUAACGAGCUCCUAGCACCUGUCUUACUGAUGAUGCACAAUCUCCACCACUGGAUGGACUUCUUCACCAGCAUACGGGAAGCCAUUAAAACAGAUCGCUUGGAAGACCUGAGAUCACUGAUAGAGUCGUCAGUUCUGGAAUCUAAAGAGGCGUAAAGUACGGGUCUCAUCCAUUUACGAUCGCUGGAAAUGAAUCGAAAUCAAAUAAUAUCAAAUAUUUUCGAGUUUUGUCUCCCACCUCUCCUUUCCCUCCUUCCCUCCUCUCAGAAAUUUGUUUAUGUGAUCGGUGAGGUGGUCAGGUGUGUGUGUGUUUCAUCUGUCACGUCUGUUUUAAUUAAUCAUUUUCCUUUUGAUCUUGAACCUUAACAAGUCGAGUUCAUUGCUGUCAGGUGUGUGUUUCAUCUGUCAGGUCUGGGGUUGCGGUCAUUUUGUGGCGGCCGCUGUUAAGCUGUUUUAUAGACUUCUUUAAAUCACUGCCAGUAAAAGAUAGAAUGUAAUCUUUCAACAUUCAGCUUCAGGACCAAGAAUGUUUUUUAAACCGAUGUGAAUGAUUUUAAUGAAUAGAUUGAGAUUGUAUUUAAACAUUUUUGUUUUUUUUAUGUAGUUUUCUUAGAAAAUAAAGAUGUUUUUAGUAA